AUGACCACGUUGGCCGGAGCUGUGCCUAGGAUGAUGCGGCCGGGCCCGGGGCAGAACUACCCGCGCAGCGGGUUCCCGCUGGAAGUGUCCACUCCCCUCGGCCAGGGCCGGGUCAACCAGCUCGGCGGUGUAUUUAUCAAUGGCAGGCCACUACCCAACCACAUCCGCCACAAGAUUGUGGAGAUGGCCCACCAUGGCAUCCGGCCCUGCGUCAUCUCCCGCCAGUUGCGCGUGUCCCACGGCUGCGUCUCUAAGAUCUUGUGCAGGUAUCAGGAGACGGGCUCCAUCCGUCCCGGUGCCAUUGGUGGCAGCAAGCCCAAGCAGGUGACAACGCCUGACGUGGAGAAGAAAAUUGAGGAAUACAAAAGAGAGAACCCUGGCAUGUUCAGCUGGGAAAUUCGAGACAAAUUACUCAAGGAUGCAGUCUGUGAUCGAAACACCGUACCCUCAGUGAGUUCCAUCAGCCGCAUCCUGAGGAGUAAAUUCGGGAAAGGAGAAGAGGAGGAGACCGACCUGGAGAGGAAGGAGGCAGAGGAGAGCGAGAAGAAGGCGAAACACAGCAUCGACGGCAUCCUGAGCGAGCGAGCCUCAGCACCCCAGUCCGAUGAAGGCUCUGACAUCGACUCUGAACCCGAUUUGCCACUAAAGAGGAAACAGCGAAGGAGCCGAACCACCUUCACAGCAGAACAGCUUGAAGAGCUGGAACGGGCUUUUGAGAGAACUCACUAUCCUGACAUUUACACCAGGGAGGAGCUGGCCCAGAGGGCAAAGCUCACCGAGGCCCGAGUGCAGGUCUGGUUUAGCAACCGCCGUGCAAGAUGGAGGAAGCAGGCUGGAGCCAAUCAGCUGAUGGCUUUCAACCAUCUCAUUCCGGGGGGAUUCCCUCCCACGGCCAUGCCUACCCUGCCAACAUACCAGCUGUCAGAGACCUCUUACCAGCCCACAGCUAUUCCACAAGCCGUGUCUGAUCCCAGCAGCACCGUUCACAGACCUCAACCGCUUCCUCCAAGCACCGUACACCAAAGCACUAUUCCUUCCAACCCGGACAGCAGCUCUGCCUACUGCCUCCCCAGCACCAGGCAUGGAUUUUCCAGCUAUACAGACAGCUUUGUGCCUCCUUCCGGGCCCUCCAACCCCAUGAACCCCGCCAUUGGCAAUGGCCUUUCACCUCAGGUAAUGGGACUCCUGACCAACCACGGCGGGGUACCCCAUCAGCCCCAGACCGACUAUGCGCUCUCGCCUCUCACUGGGGGUCUGGAACCUACCACCACGGUGUCGGCCAGCUGCAGUCAGAGACUAGACCAUAUGAAGAGCUUGGACAGUCUCCCGACAUCUCAGUCUUAUUGUCCACCCACCUACAGCACCACGGGCUACAGCAUGGACCCAGUUACAGGCUACCAAUAUGGCCAGUAUGGACAAAGUGCCUUUCAUUAUCUCAAGCCAGAUAUCGCUUGGUUUCAAAUUCUUUUGAACGUGUUGGACAAAAGCAGUGGAGAAAAGGAAGACCCGGAACAAUAA